AUGGAGAUUGGCCAGUCUGCCUGUUCCAUCCGCCGACCUCAAGAUUGCCCGGUGCGCGCCGUGCUGGACGGCGCAGCUUCAGCAGCCUUGCGCUUCGAUGGCCUUGGCGCUGUUUCCGCCGGAGGAACCUCCAGAUAUCUCUACGACUAUGCGGAGCCCAUCCGCUCGGAAAUUCUGGAUUUGCUGUUCCUGCCGGGCUAUGCCGCCUCGAUCCAGGUGCUGAAGGUGGAGAUCGGCGGGGAUGCGCAAUCCGGGUUCGGCGUGCAGCCGAGCCACCGCCGCGAGGCCAACGAGACCCGCUGUGAGCGCGGCGACACCUUCUGGCUGAUCCGCGAGGCGCGCAGGCGGAAUCCUCAGCUGGUGCUGGUGGCCUCACCAUGGACCUUCCCUCCAUGGGUCGGGGUCGAGAACGCGACCCAGACCAGCUUCUACAACAGCGAUGCGAUUGAUUAUAUUCUGAGUUGGAUCGCUUGCGCCAACGCCACGGAUGCCGGCCGCGUGGACUUCCUGGGCGGCCGCCCGCGACGGAGCUUGCGGGAUCUGCUGGGGCGCCGCCAGGGCCAUGUGGCACCACCAGUGGCCUGGGUUUGGGAGCUUCGAACCGCCCUGGCCUCAGCGGAGGUGCCGACGCAGCUAGUCCUUCCUGAUGCUGAACCUGACCCCUUGGAUCCUCUGAUGGAUGCCAACGAGCUUUUGGGUGCCUACGGCCUACACUAUCCUUGCUUUUUGCCAAUGCCUUCACUACAAGAGAAGGGGUUGCCAUUCUGGAGCACUGAAGAUGGAGGGAUGCUCGCCGACUGGGCCGGCGCAGCCUGUGCGGGGCGCAGCAUCAAUACGAAUCUGGUGAGGAUGAACGCAACAAGCACCUUGCUGCGUUCUCUUGUGUGGGCGGUCCACCCUGCCUUGCCGGGACCUUGCGAUGGCUUGCUGGACGCUCGUGAGCCCUGGUCUGGCAGGUAUGCCAUCCAGGAUCCUUUGUGGAUUCUGGCGCACACCACGCGCUUCACCCAGGUUGGCUGGCACGUUCUACCACUGCAGUCGGGCGCCAGUGGGCACUUGAAGAAAGGCGGCACCUUCGUGUGCUAUUUGUCGCCGGAUCGCGGCGCCUUCACGCUCGUGGUGGAGAAGCUGCAGGCACCUUGCCAAAGCUGCCCUGGAGCCACCACGGGCGCUGAGGAGGUGGUUUGGGAGCUUAGGACCUGGCUGGACAAAUGGCCUUCUGCCCAGCAGUGCGGGACCAGCUCUCCAGACCUUUGUUCCCACCCUGCAGCCCGACUUGGUUCGGACGCCGAGCGAGCAGGCGACAUGAUCCGCUCCGAGUCGGCCAGCACCUCCGCGAGCACCGGCUCCAGCGAGUUUCAAGGCUUCAAGGUGGACAAGGCCGGCCCCAUGAGGCGCAUAGAUCCCAGGAGCGACCAGGUCACUCCGCUGCCGCAGAAGGACGUCAAGGUCUUGAACAUGCGCGGGGCAAAGGACCAUGAGCCAGCGAGUACCGCCUCGAACGCCCGGAACGCGCGCCGCGCGCGCCGCCGCGCCGAGAAGCGUGCACAGGACCACCCUGACGAGCCGAUCUUUAUUGAGGCCGUGCUUCCAGACGAAGUCCAUGAAGUGACCUGCAUCCGAGAGGAAUAUUAUCCAGUGAUGGGUGAGGAGCUCGGGGAGCUUCAGCCUCAGGUGCUGCGACCAGAUGUGGUGCUGGACAACCCCUUCGCCGUCCCUGAAAGCUGGGAAGACUCCAUAGAUGUGGAGCCCACAGUGACCGCCACCAUGGCGAUGUGCAUUGAGUGCUGCGACCACUUCGAUGUCGCUUUGGGCGCCUUUGUGAUUUUGACCGGGCGCCAAGAGAAUGGUUGGCUUGAGGUGAAAAGACGCGAAGACGGAGAAGAUGGCUGGCUCCCCGUGGAGUGCGUCGAGUGCCCGCAGCCGGGACAGGUGUGGGCACAGGUCCGACAGAGCCCGGCCUUCAUUCAGCUACCAGACCAGCUUGAAGUGAAGCCCGGACAACAUUUGCUGGUCAAUCCCAAGUCGGAGAAGAAUGGCUGGGUCCAGGCGGACGAGCCUUUGGAGAGCCUCAGCGGCCGUGUGAAAUCAGAGCUCAGCCGACGGGCCGUGAACCAGCGGAAAGAUGCUGGGACCACGGGGCCGUCCGGCCAUCGGUUUGUUUUGCCUGCAGUGCGUUUGAGUCAUGCGCUGCGAGCUGGAGGCGAACGCUACCGAGAUGGAGGCGUGGUGAUUCGACGGGUUUGUGCGUUGGGCGUGGUGACCCUCUCAGACCCCAGAGAUCGCCAGCACCGGCGGCCCAGGACUCGGCCCAUAUGGCCCGUUGGUGAAGAAGCGGUAGAUGGCUAUGGUGAGGAGUUUGCGCAAGCAGAUGGUACGUUAGGGGGUGAAGACAUGUUGGUCCCCAUGAAAAGAUUGGCGUUGGAAAUCGCAGAUGUAGCUGUGAGCCAACAGGCAGAAAAAGAGCUAAAAGAGCUGGCAGUGACAAGUGACGACGACGACGUCAGUGACGCUGAGAACGCGAGUGACGACUCUGAGAACGAGAGCGACGCUGAGAACGAGAGUGUCUCUGAGAACGAGAGCAACGAGAGCAACGAGAGCAACGGCAACCGAUCGAACGGAACGUCGAGAGAGGAGGCCUUGAUCUUGCCCACAAGUGGCCUGGGCUUCUUCCUCACCAACAAGACGCACAAGUUCUUCAGGCUGCCAGACCUUCCAGUGGAUCGGCGCGAUGGGAGCUUCUCCUUCGUGGUUCAACCAGACACCAUCUACACCAUCACCUCCCUGAACAUCUCCGAGGACUUCCCCAACAGCACGGGACAUCCGAACGAGGCACCACCUGUGUCAUUCCCAGUGCCUUUCAAUGAAGACUUCGACCAGUACGUCUCAGAUGAGACUCCCGGCUAUUUUGCCGACUACGGGGGAUCUUUUCAGGUAUCAGAGGAUCCAGCCUAUCCACCCAACCUGGUGCUGAAGCAAGGCAUUGCCCAGAAGGCAGGGACCAAUGCUUGGGUGUCGGCCGCGGAGCCCAUGACCUUGAUUGGACACAGGUUAGAUGACAUCGUCAUGAGCGUGGACGUGUUUUUGCCCGAUUUCACUCAGCUUCCUGAAAUGCCUGAGAGGCCUGGGAUUCAGGCCGCUUGGGACGGGCAAUGCCUCUCGACCGGUGGCGCUGCCUUUGGCACUUCUCCACCGCUCCUGCAAGAGUCCUGCGAGGUCAAGCUCCAGCAGAGCUUUAUCUUGGAAACCUCCAGUGGACGUCUACUGGCCGUGGAAACCUCAUCACCCCAGCAGUCAUGCCUCACAGCGCAUCGCUGCGACCUCUCGAGCCCCUAUGCAGACCCUGGUGUGUGCAUGCGGCCGUGCUCCCAUGACCAGCUGGAGAUGUCGAAUCAGACCUGGGAAUGGCAUCCCGAUGGCAGCCUCCGCUUGCAGAUGCACCCAAACCUUUGCUUGACCCAAGGUCGAGAUCGCCAAGACCGCGCGCAUACCGCCUUUGUGCUGGCCGACUGCGGCGAGCCACAUGCCCUUCCAACUCAGCGAUUCCUAGCCACCGGGCCCAUGCCCAUCUACACAGGCCUGUGUGUGCGUCUCCAACCCCGUGCACGGCAUGAAGAUCCAGGAGAUCUGCUCAAUGGCUUGCCGGGUCGCAAUGGCUACUGCUUGAGGCUGGGCGUUGAUGCCAUGAAACAUGGCACUUGGCGCUUGGAGUCAGGUGGUGUCCGAGCGAAGUUGUUGGCCCAAGGGCCAUUGGUCUCACCCUUUAAGACCUGGCAUCGCCUGAGACUGGCGGCGAAUGGCACCGUCCUCCGAGUGAAAAUCGACGAUCAGGAUGAGGUCGUGGCGAUCCAUGAGGAGCACACCAUCAGUGCCACGGCGCUGAUCUCAGGUUGGCACGAGGCCUUCUACGAUAACGUGGCCAUGGAGCCGCCCUCGUCCUUGGAGCCAGUGUACUACUAA